UCUCUCUCUCACUCAGGCAUAUACACAUUUUCAUGCGGACUACUAUUUUUUUCAGUCCCGCUAAAUUCUGGUCGUUUUAAUCUGCUCCGUAUAAAGCGUACAGUCAUGCUCCUGUCUUUCGGUUUACUGCUAUUUCUAACAGCCUAACAAAAGUUGAAGAGUGUCAUUUUUAUUAAGCCGUCACUUCACAGCGUAUAUAUUUAAACGCAUUUUCACAGGAGUAUAAAAUAAACGCACCCAGCGUGAUAAAAGGACAGAAGCUCUUCCUACGGAAAGCAGCGGGUUGGAUUUGUGUCUCGAGGAGGCUUUUGUCGCGUGAGGCUCUUUCGGUAAUGCAGCACUUUUUGUGAUGACGCGGUACAGACAUCAGUUCAUGCCAGCAUCCUCAAGGGAAUAUUACACUGCAUUAAUUUAAAGUCGUUUUUAUUACGAGGAACGCGUGUUUUUUGUUAUCUGCGUACGUUUUUGUACAAUAUAAAUUUGGCUUUUGACUACUAAUCUAUCUCUCUCUCUCUCUCUCUCUCUAUCUCUCUCUCUGUCUAUCUCUCUCUCUCACUCACUCACUAUCUCUCUCUCUCUCUCUCACUCACUCACUAUCUCUCUCUCUCUCUGUCUAUCUCUCUCUGCCUCCUCGGGUGACGACGAUCUGUUUUAUAAAGCACCUGCCAACGAGAUGUCUGCCUCGGAUGCUGCUGCGAGCCCUGGAGCCCCAGGGGCCCCAGAGGGCGAGGGGGGUGCACCCAAUGCACCCCCCAACCUCACCAGCAACCGUCGUCUGCAACAGACACAGGCCCAAGUGGAUGAGGUGGUGGAUAUCAUGCGUGUGAAUGUGGACAAGGUUCUGGAGAGAGAUCAGAAGCUGUCAGAGCUCGAUGACCGGGCAGAUGCGCUGCAGGCCGGAGCAUCACAGUUUGAGAGCAGUGCAGCCAAACUGAAAAACAAGUACUGGUGGAAGAAUGCUAAGAUGAUGAUCAUGAUGGGCAUUAUUGGCGUCAUCUUAAUGGGUAUUGUUUUCAUGUACUUCUACUACUGAGCCUCUCUGGGGACACACAAGGACAGGAGACUCUGGCAGCAGGGCCCGAGCUUUGUGUGAACUCCACCCCUCCUUUUCUCCCCACCAAUGCCUUUCAUUGAAUCCACAGUGUGUGUGCAGUCAUUGACGCAGUGCCUCUCCCUCCCUUUGUCUGUCACUGCAUUUCUUUGUACCUCUUGAGUGCUUUUGCAACAGUGCCCGAGCUUACUCAAAAACUCCUUCGGUUAGGAAUAUCUAUGGUUUUAGAUUUGAGAAUGUCUUUGGUCUUUUUCGGGCCAAAAAUUAGUGAUGCAAUAACAUAGAUUUGUAAUGUUUUUGUAGUCCAAAUGAAUCAAUGAUUAACUAGAGAGGAAAAAGAAAAACAAAGAUCAUUAAGUUUGAGUUUAAGAAUAGGUCAAGUAACACAUUUAUGCACAGAUGCCAAAUGCCACCACUUUACCUAGAAAUGGCCAUUGUGGUCUUAUUUUUACAAUUUCAUGGGUUAACAAAGUGAAACUGCAAUAAGAGAUAUUAGUGUAAUUUGAAUGAAAUUGACUUCAUAGAUUUUUUUUUGAUUUGAUUGCGUUCAAAGAUGAGCUUAGUUUUCCUUUAAUUUCCCCUUAUACCGGAGCGACCUCAAAAACACUGAAUGAUUUUAGACAGAGGUAGAGAUCUGUCACCAUGAGUAUUAAAUGUCUUAGAGUGACAGUGCAAAUUUAGUAUCGGUCAUUUCCUUCCAUAUCAUAAUGAAAAACAUUUCAUGGAUGUGGGACUAGUAACGCUAAUUUAAUUCUUAGGGCUAAAAAAUAUUUCAAAGAAUCCAAAUGUUUAGGGGAAAGGUUGGAUGAUGUUCUUUGUACUUGGAGUCAGCAGUCCACAUAGAGGGGAAUAUCUGAUCAUAGAUUGGCACUCUCGUGCUUUUAUGCAUUGUUAAUGUCAGCCAAAAGAUCAGUGUGCAAAAGAUCAUAGAUGAAAAACUAGGAUUGAAAUAAAUUGCAUAACAUGGUAUAAAAUUAAGAUCGCAACGCAUGGUCUAAAAUAAAGAUACAUUUAAAUAUUCAAGCAGUGACCACAAUUAAAUAUGAGGUAAUACAGCUACUUAUGGUAUUAUUUGUGUGUGUGUGCAUAUGUGUUUUUUUCCAAUGUCUUCACUAUUUUUCCCUGAUGCUUAUUGUAACACUGUGGUCACACAAAUUACAAUUCCAUAUGUUGUGGAUUUAUUUAAUGGUAAAUGAAAAAUUUUGUUAUAUUAGUUAGGCUAUAAAUGAACUAAUGUUUAAAUGACUGCUUUGCAGUUGCUAUAUACAUAAUGCAAAACAUAAUGAACUACAAGCGGGAAUUGGGUCAAAUAAAUGGCAAAAUGUUUAUUAUUAUUAUUAUUUCAAAAUUCAGUUAUCCUAAGUGAAUUAAACACUUGCACCAACCGACUUCACCGGCACCAUGAAAUGUCUUUGGAUUGACCGAACAUGUAUUUGACAGAAAAAUGGAAAUGUGAUUAAUUUAAAUGUGUUCGAGUAAUGUAUUUGGGAUUACUAUGGGAGCAGAUUCCUAAUCAGAAGUGGAGACGACAAUGUUCAGGGAUGCACCUCUGCAUGUGUUUGUUUAAUAUACAUUAAAUGGGCACUUUAACCAUCAUCAUUAUAGUGAAUAUAAAUUUGACAGAUGACAAAUGUUAGCAUUUUUUUGAGUGUUAAGGACAUAUUGUCCAGCAUCUAUGAGAAAAUUUGCUCUGUUGAUAUGUAUUUCACUUGGAAUUUAAUGCAAGAUCAUCAUGUGUGAAUCAAACAUUAAGGAUUAAUUCAAAUUGCAAAUCUAAUGCAGAGCAGUGAAUGUAAUUUCCCCACAUAGAUUCCUUAAUACAUCGUAUUUUAUGCAACUUGUGUAAAUAUGUGCUUCAGAGAUGCAUAAAAUAACAGAUCCUGUCCCUAAGCAUUUUGAAGCCAAGCUGCUAACUUGUGUGGUUCAUUUAAAGCAUGUCUGCUUGCACACCAUGUGCUGAUUCUAAUAAAGUGCUGAUGCUGUUACUCCCCCCUCUGUAUUUUAAUUUGGGAGUGGGUGGGGGAACAGAUGCAGAUUUGUGCUGGAAAAAAAAACAAUACAUUUGAAUCAA